AUAUUUUCGGGGGUAUAUCGGUAUGCACGACUAGAGAUUUGAGAUUUUCUCCGCCGGGUUGUCUCUGAGGCUGAGCUCCAGUUCGAGGACACCGACCAGUCGCCCACUGGGUCUCUGCCUCGACCCCGUCGGCGGACACCGCUCACCAGGUCUCUGCCUCGACGGCGUCGGCCGCCGGGACUCCGCUUGAGAGGCAAGUCUUUAAUCAGCCUGUCCAGCCGACGGUGGGAUUAGUCGAAGCUCCUGUCAUAAGAGAAGCUUUGGAAGGACAUUCUGCGUUCCUGCUACAUUUGAUCCUACUCCCACCGGGCGAUGGAAGAACUCGAGUUCUUCAUGAUCCUACUCCCAAAUUUCUUGAAGAAACUGAGGCUGCCAGACAAGUUCACCAAGUUACUCGAUGGCCGUGAGCCUCGGGAAGUGAAGCUGCGGGAGGCCGGGUGCCGACGUCGCUUGUGGGACGUGGAAGUAGUGUCCGACACCGACGGACACAUGUACCUGGGGAACGGAUGGGAGCAGUUUGCGCGUGCUCAUGACAUGCGGCUCGGACACUUCCUCGUCUUAAGCUACGAUGGCCACGCUGUGCUCACCGUGAAGGUGUUCGACGGUAGCAUGUGCCGCAGGCACUACCACCAAGACAAUGAUGCCAGCAGUGGAAGUAGCAGCGAUUGUGGCAACCCCUUGCAGGGAGCAGAGGGGGAAGGGGAAGCGCUAUCGCAGACAGGAGCAGAGGAAGACGACGGAGAGCAGUGCAUAUCCAAGAUGAGUAAUCCAUGUGAUUCAGAUGAAAGCCAGAAGGAAAGAUCUCAUUCUGCUGAGGAAUUGUCAGCAGAAGACACUCUAUCUGUAGACAAUUCUGUGGAGUCAGCUAAUCCACAGACACUUUCAAAUAACUAUGUCUUAUCAACGCAGUGCUAUCCCACAAAAGCACAGAGGGUGAAAAUAGAUGCGCUUAUAGAGAAAAUUAAACCUAAAUUUACAGUGCUAGUUGUACAGAUGAAGAAGUCGAACGUAAAACGGCAUGCUACUCUGAUAAUACAGAAGGAUUAUGCACUUGAGCACUUUCCAUGUGAAGAUACAACUGUCAUGCUCCAGCUGCCUGGGAAAAACAAGGACUGGAAAUGCACAUUGCGCAUCAGGCCAUCCGGCGUGUCUUAUCCAGGUCAACGCAACCUCUAUUUACGCAACUUUUCCUGCGACAAUCAUGUUAGAGAAGGUGAUAUCUGCCUCUUUCAACCUAUAACAAGUGUUAAGCACAGAAGAUUCAUAGUGAAAGUGCAUAUCCUUCACAAAGUGAGCAUUGAUGACAAAGGAUUGGAAUCAGGUGGAUGCCCAAAGGAAGGCUCGUCCCGUUGUUAUAAAUCCGCAAAUACACCUGCAGUAUCUUAUAGUACUUCUAAGGAAUUUCCAGAUGAGGCUAUGGAGUUAGAUGAUCUUCAGAUGCUCUCGAAGGAUUAUGUAUUAUCAGGGAAAUGUGAUCUUACAGUAGCACAGGAGGAAAAAAUAAAUGCACUUGUAGAGAAAAUUCGAUCUGAAAUCCCCGUUCUUGUUGUACAGAUGAAGAAAAGCAGUGCAAACAAGGGGGCUACUCUGGUAAUACAGAAGGAUUAUGCACUCAAAUACUUUCCAUGUGAAGAUACGACUAUCAUACUCCAGCUGCCUAGGAAGAACAAGAAUUGGAAGUGCAAAUUUCAUAUCAGGGCAUCCGGCAUGUGUAAUGCAGGCCGGCGCACCCUUUAUUUAGCAAAAUUUGUGCAUGACACUCAUAUUAGGGAGGGUGAUAUCUGUCUCUUUCAACCAAUGACAAAUGUUAAGCACAGAAGAUUCAUAGUGACAGCCCAUCUCCUUCACAAAGAGAGCAGUGCCCAUUCCCCGGGAGGAACAACUGGCAUUGGCUCAAAUCGCGGAAGUACAAGUGCCAAGAUGGGCGGUGUGAAGGAUGAACCACCCACGGAUGGUGAAGAGUACUCUUCAGAACAUGAAGAGCAUGAAGUCUCUGAGGAUUCCGAGGGAGCUUUUGAGCAUCUCUUCAUGCUGUCAAACGGAGCUUCUCUAACACCAGCACAGAAUUUGAAAUGUCUGGAGAAAGUUGAGGGGAUUAAGUUCAAACCGCCCUUUUAUGUUGCUAUCAUGAGCAAGAGCACUGUCUGUCAGCGUGGCAGCCAACGUUGUCCCAGCCUACACUUUGGCUGUCAGUAUGCGGCCACAUAUCUUGUUCAGAAGUUUUCUGCUGACCUUCAUCGUGAAGAGAAUAGUCGAAUUAGUUUGGUGCUUCAGCGGGAGGGGAAGAGCAGAUCAUGGCCUACCAAGCUGCAAUAUAAGUAUCGCACGCGAGGCACGAGCAAUCAGAUGACCGUUCACCAUGGAUGGCCGUCUUUUGCCCGCGACAACCACCUGCGGGAUGGGGACAUCUGUCUCUUCAAGCUGAUGGAUAAUGAGGAGCAGCUGAGUAUGAUGGUCUACAUCGUCCGCCGCUAGAAAUGUUAAGAGUGAAGCAUGUCUUGCAUGCUGCUGCUACGAUGAUCUUGAACUCUGGGAGUGGAAAACUUGUGGCUUAUCUCCAAACGAGGGGCUCCUACGUACAACAAGAAACUUAUCUGCUUAUCUAUAUCAUUGGACGUUAUCUUAGAGUUUUCUUCUGCCAGAACGUUUUGUUAAUCAGGGAGUAAUUUGGAUUGUACAAGUUUGAACAGCUUAUUAUGUGUUGCUUAGGUUGUGUCAGACUGAACUUUUUUUAUGCUAUUUGCUGUGAGAAAUGGUAGCCUUGCAUGCUGCUACUAUGCAACGGUGAUCUUGAACUCUCGGAAUGAAAGAUAUGUGGCUUGUCUCCAAAUGAGUGAGGGAGUCAUUGAGCAAGAAUCUUGCUGGCUUCUUAGUU